CUCACAAGGGAAAAGUAAGGUAUUUUGGAAAAAAAUUUCUCAUGUAGGGUAUUUUGGUGAUGUUUUGUGGGUACAGGGGUAUUUCAAAAAAAAAUUCGUCCGUGAGUAGAUGUUACUGUAGUAACAAUCACCUCAAAAGUCCGGUCAAAAGCUAACGACAACAUUGGAAUUUUCAAGCUUCCUAGUUUACACCAAUAGAAACAUUUCGAAGACACACAAACAAACAAAGUUACCUGCAACGACUACUGUUAUCAAUCAAACAAACUGCUUUCCACGUUCACUCCACUUUAUCUUCUUCUCUUCUCAUCAUCAUCAACAUCCACGUAACUUCCUCAUUACUUUACCACCUCUACCCUCAACUUAUUUCCCAAAACCGCGUCUCACUAGGGGCAAAUUCGUCAUUACAUCUCCCCCUACUCCCUCUACUUCAUACCAUUUCUAGGUUAUCGUUUACUCUAAUGAUUCAUAAACUUAACAUUCACUAAAAAUGUCUGAAAACGGAGAAGAGAAAUUACUCGCUGUGGCACGCCACAUAGCAAAAACGCUAGGCCACAACAACAACAUGGCUGAUGAUAUUCUCCAAAUUUUCUCAAACUUCGAUGGAAGAUUCUCGAAGGAAAAUCUCUCCGAGAAAGUAGCGGUUCCAGAAACAGAUCCAAGAGCAUGCGCCGCACUGGAUCACUGUCUCAAAAACCUCGACCGUCGGAUCUCUCACUUUGUUUCCUCCGAUCACCCUAUCUGGGCGGAUUCCGCCGACGCCGGUGCUUUCCUUGACGCCGUUGACGACUUAAUCGCCUCCGUUGCUGAGUGGAACCACCUCACCGGUGAUAAAUCCAUCGCCACGUGUCUUGUUCGUGCUGAGGAUAUGCUUCAGCACGCUAUGUUUCGUCUUGAGGAUGAGUUCCGAUCUCUCAUGGAACGGGGCGGUGAGUCGUUUGACCUAACGCAACCGUAUCGGAACAGUGAUUCAGCUGGAAACUUGUCGAAUUUACCGUUUGAUUCGGAAGAAGAGGAGGAAGAAAUCGACGACGAAGGUAGAAAUGGAGAAGAUGAUCUGAUUCCGGUUGCUAUGCCGGUAACUGAUUACGACAUCGUGAUUGAUGCGUUACCGUCGGCGACGAUUAACGACCUUCACGAAAUCGCGAAGCGAAUGGUUGCUGGUGGAUUUGGUAAAGAGUGUUCUCACGUGUACAGCAGUUGUAGAAGAGAGUUUUUGGAGGAAAGUCUCUCGAGAUUAGGGUUACAGAAGCUUAGCAUCGAAGAUGUUCACAAGAUGCCAUGGAAUGAUAUUGAAGACGAGAUUGAAAGAUGGAUUAAAGCUUCCAACGUUGCUUUAAAGAUACUUUUCACCAGCGAACGACGACUCUGCGAUCGGGUUUUCUUCGGAUUCUCCUCCGCCGCAGAUUUCUCGUUUAUGGAGGUUUGCAGAGGUUCUACAGUUCAGUUGUUGAAUUUUGCUGACGCGGUUGCAAUUGGAAGCCGUUCACCUGAACGGUUGUUUAAAAUUCUGGAUGUGUUUGAAACAUUGCGUGACCUAAUUCCUGAAUUUGAGGUGUUAUUUUGUGAUCAGUAUAGUGUAUCGUUAAGAAAUGAAGCAUUGACUAUAUGGAAGAGAUUGGGGGAAGCAAUUAGAGGGAUUUUCAUGGAGUUGGAGAAUUUGAUUCGCAGAGAUCCAGCUAAGGCAGCUGUUCCGGGUGGUGGACUUCACCCGAUUACUCGCUACGUGAUGAAUUAUCUCCGCGCUGCGUGUCGGUCAAGACAGACAUUGGAGCAAGUGUUUGAAGACUAUGGACAUCCAUUGAAAGAAUACCCUAAAAUUGAUGAUAGAAUGUCUUCAUCUUCCUCUUUGUCAGUGCAAAUGGAUUGGAUUAUGGAGCUAUUAGAGAGCAAUUUGGAAGCCAAAUCAAAAAUCUAUAAAGAUCCUGCAUUGUGCUAUGUUUUCUUGAUGAAUAACUGCAGGUACAUUGUUCAAAAGGCUGAAGAUAGUGAAUUAGGGUCACUUUUAGGUGAUGAUUGGAUCAAAAAACACACUGCGAAAAUUCGGCAGUACCAUGUGCAGUAUCAAAGAAGCUCAUGGAAUAAGGUGUUUGGGUUUCUGAAAGUUGAAUACAAUGGAUCAAUCCCACCUAAUGGGGUAGCCAAGUCUAUGAAAGAGAAGCUGAAAUCAUUCAACAUGGUGUUUGAUGAUUUAUGCAGGGUUCAAUCUUCAUGGUUUAUCUUUGAUGAACAACUUAGGGAAGAAAUAAGAAUUUCAAUUGAGAAACUUUUGUUACCAGCUUAUGAAAAUUUCAUGGCGAGGUUUCAUAAUAUUGCUGAAGUUGGUAAGCAUGCUGAGAAAUACAUUAAGUACGAAACAGAGGAGAUUGAAGCAAGACUCAAUGAUUUGUUUCAGGGAAGCAGUGGAUCAACUGGUAGCAGAAAGAGAAGCUAAAAACUGUAUGUUUUUGUGUGUAUGUAUUUAAUAUUGUGUAGUUGUAAACUUGUAAUACAAAGUUUUGAUUGUCACAAUUUUAGUUGUAAAAGAUGCAUGACCUUGUUGUAUACUAUAAAUAUCAUUUGUAUGUUUUUCUGCUUAA